AUGAGGCUCGCAUCCAAGUCAGUGACUGGCCCUUCCCUCGGCGUUGCAACGAUGGAGGACCGCAAGAGACCAGCCAUGUCCGACCGCGAUGAGACUGCACCACCCGCAAAGCGCCAGGCGACACUAUCCAACGGCACCAAGGCCCUGACGGACCUGGACCCGCUCACCGACCGAGACCGUGUCUUCGAGGAAUUCACCAAGGACGCCCUAAUAAGACAAAAGAAUGAAUACAAGCGCAGGAAGGCCGACCUCGAGCAACGCGUGGCAGAUCUUGAGCAUCAGUCCAAGUAUCAUGAUGACCACCUGCGCGUCAUUGAUCUCUGGUUCUCUCAGCUUAUCGAUGAGGUUGCCGUCCUUGCCAACGAGACCCUCCCCACGUCGGACACCAGGCCUUCCGACUCGGUGCCUUUUCCUACAACUCUCCUCUCUUCCGAUUCCGAAUCCUUCAAGGAACAUCUCUCUGCCCGCACGGAUAGCAUAAAGAAGGCUCUUUCCGAUCUGUUCUCCAAGAUCCCGACUGCUGCCCCCGAGAUCCAGGCACUUAAGGGUCAGAUCUCUAAGCUGCUGUCAGUUGAGAAGCAGCAUACCGCAGAGCUUCACCGGGCUAUUGCAGAAAAGGAACAGUAUGAGGCUCGAUUGCAGGGCGCGACGGAGCGUUACGUUCUUGCCGAGAGAAAGUAUGAUCGUGAGAGGAGUAAGGCUGUGGCAAUGGUUGGGCUGGGAGCCGCUCCUGUACCUUCAGCAAGCAAGGAUGACUCGAAGCAGAAGGCUGACAGCCCGCCUGUUGCCAAUGGCUCUCUCGACAGUGCUGAGGUUGAAGCCGCGCGUAAAGAGGCGAAUGCUGUUGCGGAGAAGCGCAAGGCUCAAUGCGAUCAACUUGCUGCUGAAAACAAGAAACUGACAGAAGAAGUCACCUCGCUCAAGGCCAGAUUCUCCGGAUUAACGGAUGAGGACUAUGCGAAAACGGAUUUAUUCAAAGCACUGAAAAGCCAGCAUGAGGACGUCAUCAAACGGAUCAACCACUUGGAGGCCACUAACGUGCAACUUCGUGAAGAAGCCACGAAAUUGCAUGCAGAACGCACAGCUUACCGAGCACAAAUGGAUGAGGAGUCGAGAGCCGCUAUCAGUGAGACUGAGUCCCAGUUGGCGAAGGCUGAAGCAGAUCUUGCCCGCAUCCGCAACGCAAGGGAUGAGUUGGCAUCCGAACUGGCGCAGCGUAAGGCGGCUCAAGACGACGUCAGUGCUUCUUCUGAGCAGAUCAAGGAGCUGGCAAGUGCCAGGGAAAGCAGAAUAGCUGCGCUUGAGACGGAGGUCGAGCGUCUUCGGUUGAGGGUCGGCGAAACGAAGGCCGAUGAGCCGACCCAGAAUCUGGAAGGUUUGUCACCGGACGAGCUUCGCGUCAGAGUCACGACCCUGGAGAGAGAAUACGCCCUGCUCAGCAACGAGCUCCCGUCCAUGGAGGUUGCCUGGAAAAAGGCACAAGCAUUGGCGGCAAAGAAGACUUCCGAACUGGUCAACUGGGAAGAACAGGUAAAUCGGUUAACCGCAGAAAAGUCCAAGGCAGACCAGAAGUACUUCGCCGCCAUGAAGGCAAAGGACGCCAGGGAAGCUGAGUGUCGACACAUGAAGACGAUGAAUUCGCGCAACGCGGAAAUCAUUGCUCAGCUCAAAUCCAUCGAAGGCGCCAACCAGAACAUGAAGAUCAAUCUCGAAAAGCAGGUGGCGGAGAGUGGAGAAGCGCUGAACAGGCUCCAGGAUCAGCUCAGAAUUCUGCAACAGAAGUCCGGAGAAAGGGCGAACAUGACCGAAACCCUCCAGGCUCAAAUCGUCGAGCUGAAGAUUAUGCUGAACACCAAGGACAGUGCAGUUUUAUCUUCUAAGCAAUUGCAGAGGGAGCUUGAGACUGAGCUCGAGAAGCUCAAGGUUCGACUGCAAGAGACCGACAGGCAAUUAAGCAACUGGAAAGACAAGGACAAGAGGGAUGACAUGAACGAGAUGUGGCGGUCGUAUGCCCUUUGUCCUGUUUGCCGCAAGAAUCUCAAGGACACGGCCAUCAAGACGUGCGGUCACGUAAUGUGCCGGGAUUGCGUGGACGAGCAGUUCCGUGGUCGUUCUCGCAAAUGUCCUGUGGAUGGCAGGUCGUUCGGCACCGCAGACGUCAUGAAGCUCAACAUGUGA